AUGGAUCCGUGGCCGAGAAUUUUGCAAGUAAUGAUAUGCCUCGUCUUGGCAAGGUGCGACGUUAGCGCUGAAAAAUGUUCAAAAGGUGAGAGUGAAUGUCCAAAUGACGAUCCAAAGUCAUGUGGUUGUUCAAUAAGUCGUGACACUUCCAUAUAUAAACAAUCUGGUGAUCUUAAGCUUGAGUCGGUGGACCGUUACCGACAGACAAAAGAUAAACUCACACCGGCUUCGAAAACUGAUUUUCCUCGGACUCAUGGCAUGGUCAACAUUCCCGGUGGUUCAUUUUUUAUGGGAACGAAUGAACCCAUAUUCGUUGCAGAUGGAGAAGGGCCAGAACGAUUUGUCAGAGUUAAUGCAUUUUACUUGGACAAAUAUGAAGUCAGCAAUGCCGAGUUCGAAUUAUUCGUCAAUGCUACAAAUUACAAGACUGAA